AUGUCUUCGUCCCGCUCUUCUUCCUCUUCUUUCUCCUCCUCCUCCUCUCCCCUCGCCUCGCGCUCGCCCGACGACGGCACCAGCAGCAGCACUCCUCCCGUCCGCCCCCGUGUUGGCAGCUCCGGCAACGCCACACGCGACGACGGCAGCAGAAGCAGCAGCCGCAUUCCGGUACCCGUCCGCCUCCGCGCCCGCGCAGGCACCACCAGGACCCGACCCGGGCAGCUGGUCUCCUCGCCUUCGGGCUUCUUGGAACCGGUCCCGGAAGAGCCCCUCGAUGAUGGCAACAUCGAGGGUGCUGAUAGCGGGAAGGAUGCAUCUUCGGAUGCAUCGCUUCCUGAUACUUUGCACGAGACGACCAAUGCGGCUCUCGAUAGCUUCUUCGGGGUGGAUGAUGAAGAAGACCAGGAACAACACUUGGAGGAGGUUGUUUCCGGACUGUCCCCUUCUUCCUCUCUCCAGACCUCCAUGCAGGGCCCCGCCACAGCCCUUGCUCCCACUCAGCAGCAGGAGCAGCAGCCCCAGCAGCGCCGGGGGCCUUCGGGUCACCAGUCUGCUUGGGGUCCGGGACACCGCCGCAAGGCGGCUGUUUCGUCCUUCGCCCGAGUCGGCGACUCGAGCUCCUUUGGAGCUCGGGUCAAUGCCGAGGAGGGAGUCCGAGGGAUGAUGGAGACCCAUGCUCGCGUUGCCGACGAAUCCGUGUUGGGCCAGGUUGCCGAUGACAAGGCGACCGAAGACGUCCCGCGGGUGAAGGCAGCCCCUGCUGCGACGGUCGAGGUGUCCUACGAAAGUAGGGCGAAGACUGAUCCCACCGGUGGACUCGUUGCGAGGGAGUCGGCGGCCGAUGACAAGGUCGCUGACGAACUCCAGCGAGCGGUUUCCUCUGUUGCUACACCUCCAGGAUCCCAACUGGAUAGCAUGCCCGGUCCGGUCCGUAUUCGUACGACUACGGCGGGCGGACAGAACUUUGGGGCUGACGCUGCGGUUGGCACCCGUAGCCGAAGCACGACGACCGUGGCUGGCGAGCGGCCCCCCGAGGCCACCGCUUCCAGACCACUUCCCCCUCCUGUUCCUCGCCUGGACCCGGCGCGCCUGACGGCCAUGAGCCUCAGUGAAAAGCGCAGGAUCAAGGCCGAGCGAGCCCAAGGCUGUUCCCACGGCCUCAACUCCCCUCGGACGACUCCGGAUUUCGCCCCGCUCAGCUUGCCGGCGGUUACUGGCUUGAGCGGGUCCGUUGUCGAGGACAUUCCACCUGUCCCUCCUCUUCCCGCCAACCUCUCCCCAUCGGUAGUCCCAGCUGGUAGUAGGGUGGGUUUACCCCUCUACACCGGAAGAUUUGCCGCCCGUCCUGGCCCCCCACCGCCCAACAGGCCGCUUCCGCCCAUUCCGGGGCAAAGCACCGUGCCGUUGGGCACCCAGGUACAAGCAGGAGAGGUUGGUGGCGACGUGGAGUACGAGGGAGAUGUGGAGGAGAGCGACUACGAGGACUCCGACAGCAGGGAGUCGCAUCAUGGUGGUAGCCGCCCCCGGCUUUAUGCCCCGAGCUUGUCCACUAUCCGCGACAGCUCGCCGGUGCCACCUGCUUCUUCCGUGGCUGUCGCCUCGUCCAUGUCCUCUUCUUCACCGGGAACAGCUGACCGGUCCUUUAUCGCCUCGGACGAUGGGUCGUUUUUGCCUCGCGGCGAUUAUGACACUGGUGUCGCCCAGCGCCACAGAGAGGAGUCACCUGCCCACUUCCGGGGUAGUGAUGACACAACUCUCGUGGCGGCCGACAUCACCUUCGUCCAGAGCGACCGAAGACGCUGGGGGAUGGUUCCCCACAUGUUGGGUGAGGAGGUUCGGCUUCGGCUGGCUUCUUCCCCGACGCCAUCCUCUGCCGAUUCGGAAAGGACAGCUCGCCCGGCCCCGGGUGAGGAACAGGAGGAGUGUGUCGAGGAAGCUGGCUUCGCCAUCGACAACAGCGCCAUAGUCAACGACUUUGGCGAAAGUGUGCCCUCGCGGGAGGAGAGUCCGACUAUCCCGGGCUCUCUCGUGGAAGACCCGGCACACGGGUUGACCACCACACUGCCGCCAUUGCUCGCGGACCUUGAGCCGCUACCCCUUCGUCGUGCGCCAGCAGUGAGACGAGGCUCUCCAGUCAUCACCAGCCCACGCCCCCAGCCGCAGCCCGCACGCCCUGCCCUUUAUGUCUUCCCCCGCCCGCCGAUGGGUUUAGGUUUGCGUCCUGACGGUGGUUCAAGCACGCAGAGGCCUGGUGCAGCCUCUACGUCUGGUGAUGGUGGUCUCGUCUCUUCCGUUACCGUUGGUGUUCUCCCUCGCCCUCCUCAUGUUGCGAUGGCCAUGUCUUCGGGAGCCGGUUCUGUGGUCUCCGGUCCGGGUGGUGCGAUUCCUCCUGGUACGGUCUCUUCUGGCGUGGCCUCUCCUGGUGUGAGCAGCUCUGGUGCCGGGCUCGGCCGUGGUCUUCCGCGGUCGGUGACCCAAGCCAUUCCUCCUCCGCCGCCCGUGCCAGUUAGUUCGCCUCCUCGUGGUUUUGCCCGCUCCGUCACUCAGGCCCUCCCUCGCAUCGGUGGUGCCCUCGGCGGCAACUCUCGUUUUGGCACGCGAGCAGUGUCAGCGCCCAGGCCGAUGGGUGCCCCGACUGGCGACGAGGAUGAUCUGGAUGCAGAGCUUCGACAAAUUCUCUCGCGGACUCGAGACGGGUACCAGGACCAGCGAGCGGUCCUGCGCCCUGGCCUUCGUUUGAGGACGCAGACGUUGGGUACGUUUGGCCCAUCCACCAUUUCUGGUUCGACUCCCGACAUCACUUCGCCUCCCACGAGCUCUGGCAGGGGCAGCGGCUCCCGCCAACUCAGCGGGUCUUCAACUUUCGUUGGCUCUCCAACCUCGCCGGCGAUGAUGAGUUCGCCAACCCCGAUGACGCCGGGCUUUUCCAGUCCUUCCUUUGCUUCUGGUUCUGGUGGUCGUGGUCGUGGCCGUGGCCGUAGUUCACGUGGUUCGGGGUCGAGCGCGAGGUCUAGCCAGCCUCAACCUCCACCUCAACCUCGACCGCAACCUCAACUGGCUGUCGAGAUGCGCGAGAGAGGCCCUGCUCUUGUGACCGUGAGAGACGACGCAGAGGCCGAGAGAUCAAGCAACGAACCAGAAGAAGAGCCCAGGUCACAUUGGAGCUCAGACACUGAGGAUGAGCCUUCCGCGAUGGGGAGGAUGAGGAACGCCUUCAGCAGGCUGAGGACGAAAUCCCGGGGCAAUCUUCGCCGAGAAGCCUCCUCUUCCUUCUCGACAACCACCAGCUUGAGUCCCGUCUCCACCAGAGAUGGUCCCCCUCGCCUGCCGGAUAUUCCUCCUGUACCGCCGCUCCCUUCUAUUCCGGUGCCUCCAAUCCCUACCGAAGAUGACAACGAUGCAGCGAAUCAGGCGGGAUCACAGCGACGAAAGUUGAAUAAGAAGAAGUCUCCGGCUAACCUGUUUGGCAAGAAGAGAGAGGAUUAA